AUGGAUCAUUCUAUAAUAGAUGAUAGGGUUUUACAGCUUAAGAAUCACCCAACAGCAGAAGAGAUUGAGUCGACUCUAAGAUCAAUUCUUAAUAAGUCGUCAGAUCUGAAUACUAACUUCAGUCUAGUCACAACUUUAUUGAAUUUUACCAUCCCUGAAACCUACAAUUUACUUACAGAUAGCACAAAGAAGCUAAUUAUACAAGUAUUUAAGACCGUGACUGGCUUAGGAAACUUAAUCAGUAAAAUUUCUUUGCUUAAAGACAAUUCAAAGGAUCAUGAUACUUUUACAUUAUUGGAAACAUUGAUGCUGAUUCUUACAGGAUGCUUCGACGCAGGCUUGGUAUCGAACGUGGUACUGGCAAAUUCAAGUCCGUCAGAAAUUAAAGAAAUAGAUAAGCUAUUAUUCAAAGGCAAAUGUUUUGCAAUAGUGAAUGAAAUUGUUUUAAAUUGUGAUAUUCAGUCUCAUAAUCAAAUUUUUUCGUUGUCAGAUAACUAUGUGGGAUACUUGAAUAUUGAAAUAUUGACAUUGUUUCAAGAUGAUAUAGAUGUGAAAAUAAUCAAUAUGUUUAUUACCUCGUUAGGCUCCUUUAAUUCAAGUAGUUGGUCACAAUAUUUUGACUUGAUGUUUAAUGAAGGUAAUUGGUCGCAUGCUAUAAUGGCCUUCAAGUAUAUGAAAAGAUUUGAGAAGAAGAGUUUCUUAUUACGAUUAUUAGGAAACUUCUUGACUAAGAAGUACCUUUUAACUCAAAUUUCAGAUGAGAAGUUGGCAUCAUUAGCCUUGUUAUUACGCCCAAUAAUUGAAUAUGACUUGAUAGAUGAAAUGUUCUUCGAUAAGAUAAUUUCUACAUCUAAUUAUGAAACUAACUUGUUAGUUUCUAUUUUACUUUCAAAUUUAUCUGAUCGUGAUUUCUGUCAAUUGAUUUUGAAGCUACUCAAAACUUGGGCAGACGAAGAUUUAAUGAAAGCUGAAGCUAUUUCUUUACAAGAAUACAGGACCCAUUUGAUUAUUCUGCUAAUAUCUCGAGUAAAUAAUGCUACUUUUACACAAGAUAUGCUCAAAAAUCCUAUUUUCUUGAGAGCCAUUUCGAGUAGACUCAGCUCUUUUUCAAACAAUGUCAAAUCUUUAGGAGUCAUUUUAGCUGAUAAAGUUUGUGAAUUCGGGAAACGCGAGAAGAUCUUUCAAUUAGAUAAUGUUGAAGGCUAUGAUUCUUUGAUAAGUAAUAAGACGUAUAGGUAUAAUAUGAAAACUGAAAAUAUGACAAUUGAGGAUGCAUGGAAUCAUUUGAAUGAACCGGAAGUCAUUGAGGAAACUAUAAAUUUUAAUAGCGAUACUUCUGAUCUAGCUAAUGCAUUGGAAAAGGUAUCGGUAUCUAAGUUAGAUUCAGACGAUGAAUCAGAUUUCGAAAGUGAUGAAGAAGACGACCCAACUAUAUCUAGAAAGCCUCAUAUUGUUAAGCCAUUAUAUAUAAAGGAUAUUCUUGAAUAUCUAACAGUGGAUAGUAACGCACCGCAAGCGUAUGAAAAACGGCGAGCUGCAUUGAUCAGUGGGCCAACAUUGGUAAGACAAAAAUCGAAGUUCGGUAAUGAAGUUUCAUUUUAUUCAGAAGAUUUAGUUACGCAGCUAGUUGGACUAUCAAAUAACUACGAAGAUAAUGACUUUGAGGAUCUUAGGCUAAAUUGCUUAAUAGCGGUGGUUGUUGCUAAUUCAUCUUGCACUUUACAUUUGUAUCGAUUACUUUUGACUGGUGAUUACUCUCUAAAGCAACGUAUGUGUAUAUUAUCUGCAACUUCUCUAGCAGCUAGAGAACUUAAAGGAUUUAAGGAUGAAGUUGUUGCAAAAUCUUAUAGUGAAAGACUGUUUCCAUCAAAAAUGUUACCAGGUUCCCUUCACCAGAAGUUCUUAUCUUUGGGGUCAGAAGACGACAAAUACGUGAAUGAGAAAAGAAUUAACCCAGCAUAUGAAUCUUUACAAGGUGAGAUAAUGUACGAAGCUUCCGAAGAAGCCCAAAACAAAUUAAGUGGAGGAAAAAUUUUACGUUUGUCAAGCAAUUUAAGGAAAAAACCAAAGCAAGAAGUUUUGUCCCCGAAAGUUAACAACUUCUCCAAAAUAAUUGGGUCUCAGUUUUAUUUACCACUAGUUAGUAUUUGGUAUGAAGCUGGUGGACAAAUAGAUAUUGGACACUAUUCACCCAUUCUCACAGCACAUUAUAUAAAAACGUUGGCCCUAUUAUUGCAUGCAGCAUAUCCAACUGCAACUAAUUUGAACGAUAUGAUAAAAGAAUUUUUUCUGAUAGUUACACCACUUAUCCAAAAAAUCAGUUUGGAUGAAUUGCAAAUAAUUGAAAGUAUUGUGACCGGUAUUUUAUUAAUUUGCGAUAUCCUAGACGACCAAUACUUGAUGAUGCACUAUCAUAAUGAAAUAGACGUUUUCCAUAGAUGGUUAUCAUUAGUAUGGGAAGACCUCAUAGAUGAUAAAAUAAAGAGUUUGUGCGCAGGCUUACUACUUCGGAUAAAUGAAUUAAAUGAAAAGUUCGAAAGACUUUUGUUAGAUCAAAUGAAUAGCAUUUACUAA